CUUCUUCAGUGCUCAUCCGUCCUACGCGGCAGUAUAAAAGAAGAAGCAAACGCAACGUUACUCUCUAAUUUGGGAGAACUCAGAUCGAUUUUUUUUUUUAAAUUUUAAUUUUAAUUUUAAUUUUUAUUACGAGAUGUCGACGAUUUUUAGGGUUCUUGGGAGGAGGGUUUCGAUCGGGAAGAGGAGUUUCUCCACUUCUGGAGAGGCCGAGAAGCUUCCGCGGGAGGGGAAGAACCUUGUGAAUCUCUUCACCGCGAUCAACCAAGCCCUUCACAUCGCUCUCGAGACCGAUCCUCGUGCUUAUGUAUUUGGGGAGGAUGUGAGCUUCGGUGGCGUCUUUCGUUGCACUACAGGAUUGGCUGAUAGAUUUGGUAGAGAUAGAGUUUUCAACACGCCAUUAUGUGAACAGGGUAUUGCUGGAUUUGCGAUAGGCCUAGCUGCUAUGGAUAAUCGAGCUAUUGCAGAAAUUCAGUUUGCCGAUUAUAUUUAUCCUGCUUUUGAUCAGAUUGUCAAUGAAGCAGCUAAAUUCAGAUACCGAAGCGGGAAUCAGUUUAAUUGUGGAGGAUUAACAAUCAGAUCUCCUUAUGGAGCUGUUGGGCAUGGCGGUCAUUAUCAUUCGCAGUCACCGGAAUCUUUCUUUUGUCAUGUUCCUGGCCUUAAGGUGGUGAUUCCACGAAGUCCUCGCCAAGCCAAGGGGUUGUUAUUGGCCAGCAUUCGAGAUCCAAAUCCAGUCAUUUUCUUCGAACCAAAGUGGUUGUACCGAUUGGCUGUUGAAGAGGUUCCUGAAGAGGAUUACAUGUUACCUUUAUCUGAGGCAGAGGUGAUCCGUAAAGGAAGUGACAUAACACUUGUUGGAUGGGGGGCGCAGCUCUCAAUUUUGGAACAAGCCUGUGAGGAGGCUGCAAAGGAGGGGAUUUCAUGUGAACUCAUAGACCUAAAAACAUUGAUUCCGUGGGAUAAGGAAACAGUAGAAGCCUCUGUUAAAAAGACAGGACGACUUAUUGUUAGUCAUGAAGCUCCAGUGACUGGAGGAUUUGGUGCUGAAAUAUCUGCUUCAAUCAUUGAACGCUGCUUCCUGAGACUGGAAGCUCCUGUAGCCAGAAUAUGCGGCCUCGACACACCGUUUCCUCUUGUUUUUGAGCCCUUUUAUAUGCCCACAAAGAACAAGAUCCUGGAUGCUAUAAGAGCAACUGUAAAUUAUUAAUAGGACAGCAAGGUAGGGGCACUGAGUCCAGGGUACGCCGCGUAUACGGCGUCGAAGGCGGCGGUGGAGACGAUGAUCCGGAUCAUGGCCAAGGAGCUGAAGGGGACGAUGAUCACGGCGAACUGCGUGGCGCCGGGGCCGGUGGC